AUGCAUUUCAGUCUAUGUUGUGGUAAUGGCAAAAUAUCUUUACCGGAGAGCCGUUUACCUAAUGAAAUAUUUGAUUUAUUUGUUGGUGAAAAUAAUGAGUCCAAACAUUUUAGAGAACAUAUACGUCAAUAUAACAGUGCAAUGUCAUUUGUCUCUUUAGGUUCUCACAUAACAUUACCAUCGGGGUAUGGGCCUUAUUGUUUUAAAAUACAUGACUUUGCUGAAGCAAAUAAAGUUAGAUUAAACAAAUCACAAAAUAUAUUACUUAAAAGUUAUAUACUUGAUAAAUUACACAAUGUAUUAUCUAACAUAAAUCCAUAUGCUAAAUCGUACAAACAAAUGCAUGAACUAACAGAUAUUCGUAAGUACAACGGCCCAACAGUUUCUGAAAUCGCAGCAGUAUUUGAAUCUUCAGAUGGCGCACCUCCUUCACAUAGACAUAUAUCAGUUUACCCAAAAAAAGGAGAUAUACAAAGGAUUGAUUACGACAGCAUGCACUGUGACCCUAUGAAUUACGUUUUAAUAUGGCCGUACAGAGAACCAGGCUGGUAUAUAAAUAUGCAAUAUAAUGGUAAACGUAAACCUGCCAAAAGAUGCAACAUUUCCAAGCGCGAAUAUGUAUGUUUUCGAAUGGCAAUAAAAGGUACUCACCCGUKUGGUAAUUUUAAUCAAGUACUGAGCGCAGGCAAACUGACUCAACAACUGAUCGUUGAUUAUUAUUGUCAUAUUGAAGGUGAUAGACUGAAAUAUAUUAGAAAUCAGCAAUCAAAAUUAAGAGUAGACACAUACGAGUAUUCUGGCUUAGCAGACGCUAUACGAGCAACGGCAAACGAAGCUAAUGUUAGAGUGGGAAAAUUGGUCGUAUUGCCUUCUUUGUUUGUUGGAAGUCCUCGAAAUAUGGAAACUUAA